AUGGGGGAUCAGGGCUCUGGUUCAGGUGUGAAUUGGCUGAAAAGACAAUUUACAGAGAGCCUGUGGUGUCAGAAGAAGCACUCCCGCUUCCGGUUCCUGCUCCUGUUUUGUCUGUUUUUUUUCUUCAUCUUUUGUAUGACAAGCAGCUCUAUGUCAUUGUGGGAGAAGUUUCCAUUCCACGUUUACUACCAAAGGUUAUUCAAUCAAACAAAUCUACCUCCUUCUUAUGGUGCCUAUCCGAAACCCAGAGCCAAACCAAAUGAAAUAUAUAAAACCACAAAGCACCCAACUUUACCACCUACUGUUCCGCCAACUGUGCGUCCUACAGGUAUGCAGUUUCACCAUGCCUACCCACGCAACUACCACUUUAUUAUGGAUCAUAAAGAUGCAUGCAACACCAAAACCCCUUUCCUAGUCCUAAUGGUUCCAGUGGCACCAAGAAACGUGGCAGCUCGAGACGCCAUCCGUCAGACAUGGGGCAAAGACAGUCUAGUUCAGGGCGAGGUGGUGCUAACUCUGUUCAUGCUGGGUCUCUCUGGAGGAGCCGAUGUGAAGCAGGUGCAGGAGCAGCUGAAACAGGAGAAUCUACAGCACCAGGACUUGAUCCAGAGUGACUUCAUUGACACUUACCUUAAUCUAACUACCAAAACAAUGGUGAUCAUGGACUGGCUGGCCACACGCUGCCCUGGAGCAGCGUACGCCAUGAAGAUCGACUCAGACAUGUUCCUGAACAUCGACAAUUUAAUGAUCAUGCUACAGAAGCCAGACACCCCCAAGCUGAACUACCUGACAGGGAUGCUGAUGUGGAACCGGCCGGUGGUCCGUUCAAAGAACUCCAAGUGGUACGUCCCAGUGGAGAUGUACCCCGAUCCCAAGUACCCGACCUACACUCUGGGCAUGGGGUAUAUCUUCUCCAAUGAUCUUCCAGAAAGAUUUGUGGAGGUCUCCAAAUCAAUCAAGCCCUUCAGAAUAGAGGAUGCCUAUGUUGGAAUGUGCAUGAAAAAGCUUGGUCUGGCACCCAAAUCGCCACCAAAUCCCUCCCAGUUCAGAGCCUAUAACAAAAGAUAUAACCGCUGUGAAUACUCCAAGGUCAUCACCUUCAUUCUUGGGUCUCCAAAACAGUUACUGGAAUACUGGACAGACUUGAAGAAGCCUGAACCACCUUGUAAGGAAGAAGGCUAAUACAGCUUGACUGAAAAAGUACUUGGAUUGAGGGGAUUGACUUGCAGGGGAAAUUAAUGUUAAUAUAUUUAUGGAUUUCUACUGUACUGAGCAGAACAGAUGAGCAGAACGAAGGAGUCUGAACAACUGAAUGAUCAAGACAUGACCUUUUUACCUUUCGUGUGGAUUUAAAACUCCUUUGUUGGGUUGCCAAAAAAGAAUUGAAAAGAAUGACUAUGAGGAGAUGUUUAUUCUUCCCGACAGUGGAAAUGUAAAUAUGUGCAUGGGAUUAAAAGUGCCCUGAGGAU